AUGUGCUCUUCUGGCAAUCCCAAAAUCCUAUAUAGGAACUCCCGGUUCCUCCGGUUAGCAUUUCUCCAGCUUCAUCACCAGCAGCAGAGUGGUGUGUUUUGUGAUGUCCUUCUGCAGGCAGAAGGUGAGGCCGUACCAGCUCACUGCUGCAUCCUGUCAGCUUGCAGCCCCUUCUUCACAGAACGCCUGGAGAGAGAAAGGCCAAUUCAGGGUCGGAAGGUGGUGCUGGAGCUGGGGGGCCUGAAAAUCAGGACACUUAGGAAGCUGGUAGACUUCCUGUAUACCUCAGAGAUGGAAGUAUCUCGAGAAGAAGCCCAAGAUGUGCUUUCUGCUGCCCGUCAGCUCCGUGUAUCUGAGCUGGAAACCCUUCAGCUAGAAGGUGGAAAGUUAGUGAAGGCUCCACAGGGCCGAAGACUGAACCGAGAGUGUUUACAGCCACCAAGUCCAGCACCAAUCUCUGCCAGAGUGGUGGCACCCGGCCGCCGCCCUCGAACUCCAUUGCCUGUUACGCAGUCUCCCUGUCCUCUUGGGGCAGUGAAGUUGAAGUCCCUAGGGAAGGAGGAGGAGCUCCAGGAAGAAAGCAGCCUGCCAAAUGCAGAGAACUUGUCUGAUGCUCCUCUGCUCAAAAGGAAGGCCAGAGUCUGUCCUUCUCCGCAAGAAAAAAGCUCUUCUCCAUCAAGCCACAGCCAGGGGCCUAAGGAGAACAAGAAUGACCCUGUCCUUGGUUCGACAACACUUUCCCCUCCCAGCUUAUAUCCCUCUGUGGAUGAGCGCCUGUUGCCCAGAAAGAUCAGGCUAAGUCGCUCAAAGCUAUCUCCUGAUGUCCCUGCAUCAAAACCUUCCAACAUUUUAAGUGGACCCAGCUCAGUGCCCACAGCCCCUGGCCGGCGUCUUUGGCGGCAGAGGAGUGUGAGUAAAGAAGUGCAGGGAGAGGACAAGACGAAACCAGGAAAAGUUAGUCCUCUGCAGAGCACUCCAAAUCCAUCUGGUCUUGGGACAGGUGGGUGCAAGAAGCGGAGCCCUGAAGUCAGAGCAUCCAACUUAGACCCAGCAGAGGAAGGGCAGAUUGGGAUCGUGAAACUUAGGAAGAUUGUCAAUGGGACCUGCUGGGAAGUGGUACAAGAGCCUCCCCUCAAAAACUCUCAAAAUAGCCCCCAGCUUCCAGAACCCAAAGGAGACUUGGAAGAACCUCCAGGAACUCAGUCAUCAUCAAUUAAUGAGCAGGAAAUGUUACCUGCCAGAAUAGAACUGUGUCAGGACUCCCCCGAGGGGCCUGGGCUACAAGACAUACUUCUGUCUGCCAGCCAGUCCCCAGACCAUGCUGUGAUGAAGCCUGAGUUUGCAUCCAGUCCAGAGCUGUUAGGGAAAGAACCUGUGCUGAAUAUUGACUGCAGAGAACCCUAUGCAUUUGACACGACGCUGCUGGGGCAACCCUGCGAAGCUGAGGAGUACCGAAUCACAGGUGCCGCAGCCACCAGUGAACUGGAAGAGAUCCUGGACUUCAUGCUAUGUGGCUCAGACAUUGAACCACCUGGGGAGUCCCUCCAGAGUCCUGGGGCUGAGGGCUGUAGGACCCCCAGCUAUCACCUGACAGAAACAGGAAAGGACUGGAUCCAAGGGGAAGAAUGGUGUUUGCCAGACAUGGAACUCUGGCCCAGGGAGCUCACAGGACUGGAAAAAGAACCUGUUGGUGAAAACAAAGAGCCAGCUGAGCCCCUGAGCCCCUUUGUCAUGCCCUCUGAGGUGAGUGAAGGAGAGGUUCUUUCUGUGGGAGGCUCCUGGACUCCACAUCUUGAAAUUGCCAACUCCCAGCCACUGGAUGGUCAGGGAGAUAAACUGCUCCACAUCCACUCCUCUGACCCGCCACAAAGGUCUUAUGGGAACCUCUCACCUCCAUGUUCAAACUGGGCAGAGACUGGGCUAGACAUGUCCUUAACUAUGAAUGAGGUGUUGUACCCUGCUCCCGAAGUAGGCAAAGAAGUAUUUGGUAACUCCGAGCUGCUAGGCUCACACCCGACCAGUCCUGAAGAGGAAGAGAUUGAUGUGGUGGACUGGACAGCAGAGAGGCUGGAGCCCAUUGGCAUUCCCUCUGUACGGCCUGACCCUUCCUCAGAGUCAGAAACAGAAGUAGAUAUACUAACGUAG